GUAAUUUUGCCCAAUAAAGUUUGACCCAGUAGCACCAUGUUGCCUGUAAAACAGCGUCCAGGGCUUACAAUCCCCAUCGCUCACCUGUUCCUCUUUAUGCGCAUGCGCACUCUGGGAUAAUAAUAAUAAUAAUGAGUCGGUUCGGUUUCUAUUGUAUUUUCCUCUUCUUGCUAUAUAAAAGCCCGAGUUUCAUCCUCUUCUUGUGUUUCGCCAUUUUCGUUUACAUUCAUUACAGAACGCGAUAAAAAAGAAUAAUUAAAUUGAUGAUAGCUGGAUGAUAGCUGGAUGAUGUGGAUGUAGAACAUCACCAUGGUUUCUCCUCUGUUUACAAACACGUCAUGAGAUCUCUUCGUCCUUGUCUCUGCAGCUCUGUGUGCACGUCAGUCUCAAGUGAUGGACUGUGCUGUUCCCGUCUCGGAGGUCGUCCCAGAAAAAGCUUAACCAAAACACCGGAGCGGUUACGUUACCGAGCCGCGAUAAGACGCAAGAGAUGCUUGAUAAGAGCCUGUUAUAAACACACUGAUAGAGGAUGUCUGCAAACAGCCUGCGUUCAGCCACCACAGAGAAGGACUCAGCUAAACACAGCUGUGACCUUACCUGUGUGUUCAGCUCAAUGGGUGUCUCACUGUCAGUAUGGCUGUACAGCAGGGCAGACGACGACAGCCCUCCCUCCUCUUCAUCAGCUUUCCCUCUGCUUGCUGUCCCGACGUCCUCUCGCCUUGCGGUCACUCUGAACUCCUCACCGGUUGUCCCGGGAGACAGCCGUUCACACUGGAGCUCGGUCCACCGCUCUCCUCACUUCCUGCUGUCUACCUGCAAACAGGAAGUGACACGUUCACCUGUUGAGCUGAGCAGCGACGGGGUGAGGGCGGAGAUGGGGGUGAAGAGUGGGCUUCAUGUCUGGGAAGUGCUGUGGAGCGCCAACCACAGAGGGAGUCAUGCCGUCAUGGGCAUUUCCAGGCAGAGCUGCCCUCUGCAGGCCUCAGGGUACAACGUGUUAAUCGGCGGGGACUCCCAGUCGUGGGGCUGGGAGCUCAAAACCAAUCAGCUCUGGCAUGCUGGACAGAGUCUGGGACUUUAUCCAGGAAAGAGGAAGAGGUGCCGCUCUGAGGCUGUGGAGGAUUUUAGGACAAAGUCGUCCACUUCAUCACACACAAAGGUGACACCUCUCCCCAUCCCUGAGCGCGUCCUGCUGGUCCUGGACGCCGACGCAGGGACUCUGGGAUUCGUCGUUGAUAGCAGCUUCCUCGGCGUAGCUUUCAAAGACCUCCCUCGUGGUGUGGAACUGUUCCCAGCGGUGAGCAGCGUGAGAGGAGGAGCCAGCAUACAACUACGAUACCUGAACGGUGCCGCACGUGAUCCCCCUGCCCUGAUGGCUUUAUGUGGACUGACAAUUCGGCAGUUUUUAGGGGAACAGAGGCAGAAUCAAAUGGACAAACUGCCUCUACCCACUUGUAUCCAACACUACCUGCUUUCUAGUCAAUAAUGUACACUUGUACGUAUACAAACACAAAUAAUAGGAAACAUUUUGUCAAUCACUCAAGUGUACCAAGAAUUUAUAGAUUUUUAUAUGAAAAAUGAUGUUAUUAUAGCCAUACAAGUGGAUAUUAUUUAUCUUAUUUAUUACAAUAUAAUAUAUACACAUUUCACUCUGUUUUCUUUCUUUGUGUAUAAAAUAAAU